GGCGGUCCUGAGGGGACGGAAGUGUGGGUAAGAGCUGUGUGGACCAGGAAGUGUCACAGACUGACAGAGGCCGGGGGAACAUGGAGGCGAUUCGGAGUCUGCUGGUCCCGGCAAUUCUGCCUGACAGCUGCUAUGAGGAGUUCUUCCUGGACUAUAACCUUCUGCACGUUCCAUGUUUGAAAAUCCUCAUCAGUAAGAUUCUGGGAAUCGGGAUAAUUGUCGGUUCUGUAAUGGUCAAGGUUCCUCAGAUAGUGAAGAUCCUGCGAUCGGGGACAGCAGAGGGCCUGAGCUUCCAGUCCAUCCUCCUGGAGCUGCUGGCAUUGACGGGCACCAUGGUCUACAGCAUCACACACGGAUUCCCGUUCAGUGCGUGGGGUGAAGUGCUCUUCCUCAUGGUACAGACUCUUAUCAUUGGGUUCCUGAUCCAGCACCUGGGUGGACGCACGUCUCAGGGCGUUCUCUUCUUCAGUGUGUACUUCUGUCUCCUUGCCAUCCUCCUGUCUCCUGUCAUUCCAAUGGUCCUGGUCACCGUCCUGCAGGCCAGCAACAUGCCAGCCGUCGUCAUCAGCAGGCUUAUACAAGCAAUGACAAACUAUAGGAAUGGCCAUACUGGGCAGUUAUCUGCAGUGACAAUUGCACUAUUGUUUCUUGGGUCGUUGGCUCGAAUAUUCACUUCAAUUCAGGAGACUGGAGACUACCUCAUGUCACUCACAUAUGUCGUAUCGUCAGCAUGUAAUGGUGUGAUUGGGGCCCAAUUGCUCUAUUACUGGAAUGUCAGCUCUACGGGCAAAAAAAAAAGAAGCUAGAGAGAUUGUAUGUCUAUGUGAAUCAUUCCUGUCCCCACGAUGCUGGCGUUGCUGUAUCAUUCUACCUCCCCCAUCACGCUGAGCUCUGUGCAGCAAUCAAUUAUACAAUUAGUUUUUUUA